AUGGCUACAAUCUCUAGCACACCAUUGAGCGACAUGGAGCUAAAUCGUUUAACCCAAAUAGUCAACAAAGUUGUUGAUGCUGCUGCCGAAGUAGUACGUAAAUACUACUCCAACGCCGCAAGAUUCCAGUUCAGGGAAAAGGACGGCGACGGACCAGUCACCUGUGCCGACGUAGAAGCUGAGCAAGCCAUAGAAACUGGUUGGCACAAUCGCGAUAAUGCGCUUCUUCCUGAUCAAUUUAUAUGGGUUUUGGACCCAAUUAAUGGGACUUCAAGUUAUGUGGGUAAAGAUAAUUGUGCUUUCGGCAUUCUCAUUGGGUUGGUUUAUAAUGGAAAGCCAAUUGAUCAGCCGAUUCUGAAAUUGAGAUGGGUUGGGGUUAAGGGGAAAGGAACCACCAUUAAUGGAGAGAGAGUUUCUACAGUGGAUUUUUGUGAUAUGAAUAAAGCUAGGGUUCAUCUAAAGGUUCCGAAUUAUAACGAUGAUGCGAAGAAAGCGUAUGAUAGUCUUGCGAAGAAGGUGGCUUCGGGUUUUGUUGAUGUUGUGGUUGAUUGUGCUCUUGAUCCUUACGAUUUUCUUGCCCUUGUUCCGGUGGUUGAGGGCGCUGGCGGUGUUGUUACAGAUUGGGAAGGAAAUGAGCUUAUCUCCGGUGCCGGAAGGUGGGUUUAA